AUUGUGCUGGUAUUAUUUUGCUGCAGUCAGCUGAGGCAGGUUGAUCUAACUCUACUGGCGACAUCGGAUGCGGCUGCUCUCGGACUUGAGGUCGAUCACUUGCUUAAUCUGUACUAUGAACUUUCACCAGAGCAUAAUCAACUGUUAGCUUACUGGCACCGACUGACGCGUUCAUUUAGCCUCGGGCAUUUGGAGACUGCUUUGAAGUCAUCAACGGCUACUAUUGCAGCUCCCUCAAGCGGCCUCAUCACUCUUUCUCUAAAUGAUUUGAUUGCUCAUGCCAAGGAACUGGCUCUUCUAGGUUAG